AUGCUAACGAACAUAGUGGCCUACGUCGAAUCCAUGUGUAAGACAAAACACUGCCAGCAGCUUCAACGUCUGGAAAUUGAGGUGGAUGCAUUACUACGAAACCAUACCAAUAAUACGGAGACGUUAGAGCAAACAAUCUGGCUCAAAGUAUUCUACAGUAUGCUUUUGCAAUUCGUAUACGAUAUCCUACAGCUCGUGCUUGCCUACAAAUGCUACAUGUCGCCGGUAUUUUACUACGUAGUGCCAAUGUUGGCAAUCGAACGAGCGCGUUAUGCACAAAUCUCGGUUACGAUUGAGCGUCAAAAUGAACGCGCACGCAGUUUGAUCGCUUUGCUACGGGUGCUGGUGAAAGCUAAUCGUCCGAAACAUAAAUACACUAGUGAUGUGUGGCAACCCUAUGCGGCGUGGGAAUAUGAAAGCCUAAACUUUUUACGUCUGCUGCAAGGACGCCUCUGUGAGUUGUACCAAUGUGUGGGCGAUUGCUAUGGUUGGUCCAUUACGGUUUUGCUAUUUACUACGUUCUUCUCUGUGGUAGCCAACAUUUUUUGGUGCAUUGAAAUCUUAAGCCGUGGUUCUCAUUUGGGACAGUUCAUGUACGACGCGUUGACAAUGUUGAGGUUAAGUACUUUAGCCGUGAUAUUGUUGAUCACUGCUGAGAAAACGAGGCAAUACAAUAUGCAAAUAAGCGGCUUUAUCUUUAAGUUGUCGAAACCGCUCGGCAAUAAAGCUUACAACGAUCUCGUCUCCGAUUUCUCACUACAAUGUCUACAUCAGCCAUUUAUGAUAAAUGUAAAAGGAUUUUUCAGAUUGAAUUUACCGUUACUAGGUGAUAACCGGCAGUUUGCGCAAGAGGCUAUGCCCAUGUUGAACAAGUGCUUGCUGAGCCUAAGUACAGUACCCUGUAUAGAGUGCGGUAAGGAGGCGGAAUUUGUCUCGAGGGAAGUUGAUCGUUUCCUUAAAGCUUACAAGGUUGUACCCUCCCAUUAG